GCUAAAUUGGUCAAUAGCAAUUUAUAGAUCAGAGACAGAUUGUUGUGCAUUCAUGUCCGAUGUGUGUCUUCAUUUUACUUUGGAGUGCCACAGCUUUAACAGAUGCAGACAGUUCAGCCCAGAAACCCUCAGGAUGUUUUUGACACAUAAGAAAAUCAUCAGAAAACUGAGAUAAUGCCCACCACUAAAGUAAUAAAAUAAUAAAAAAAGUCAGACAAGUACUCCUUUAUAUCAAUCCAGAGUAAAGAGGUGUAUCUCAAGAAAGGCAGAGGGGAACUGCAGGGACUUGGAUCAGGUUGAUUUUCCUCAGUUGUCCAGUAGAGACGCCCCCUAGUGUUCAGAUUGUCCCACAGUUUCGUUUCACAGGAAACCUUCAUGACGUGGAGACUGCUCACAACAGAGUAAACAGCAGACAGGAGAGCAGAGAAAAAGCCAUGGACCCCUUGACAGCUGCAGCAAUUGGAGCAGGUGCCGUAGUGGCUGUGAUGGCGGCCCCUGUUGUUCUGGGGGUCGCAGGUUUCACCGCAGCUGGAGUGGCAGCAGGCUCCACGGCUGCUAGUAUGAUGUCGGCUGCUGCAGUGGCUAACGGAGGUGCCGUGGCAGCAGGAAGUGCAGUGGCUGUUCUUCAAUCCGCAGUGACAGCUGCAGCAAUUGGAGCAGGUGCAGCGGGGACUGUGAUGGCGGCCCCACUUGUUCUGGGGCUCGUAGGUUUCACCUCAGCUGGAAUUGCAGCAGGCUCACUGGCUGCUAGUAUGAUGUCAGCUUCUGCAGUGGCUAGCGGAGGUGGAGUGGUAGCUGGAGGUGCAGUGGCUGUUCUUCAAUCAAUAGGUGCUGUUGGUCUGUCGGGGGGCGCUGCAGCUGCGAGCGGCGGGGUGGGGUUGUUGUUAGGCCUCCUUAUAUGAAUAUUAAUAAUAAUAAUAUAAUAAUAUCUGAAUAAUCAACAAUUGGUUAUCCUGUUACUCUAAUGAAGCAAGUGAUGAAGCAGCAUGUUUAUGUUCUGAAAUGUUUGGAUAGUUGUCUGGUUUGCAGUUACCUGACAUGAUGUUUCAUUGUUUGAAUCUUACAUCUCAGAAAAUAAAAGCAACCGUGUUAAAACACA